AUGAGGAUAUUAUAUUAUAGUUACAGAUUGAAGAGAUAGCUAAAUUAGAACAAGAAGAACAGCAACAAAAGUAAAAAUUAGUUCAACCAUUAGAGAAGAAAAAUCAAUAAUCAAUUUCAACACAGUUAAAUUAAAAUUCACAAUUUAAUAAUCAAAACCAAUUACAGAAUUAAAUAAAGUCUAAAUAAAUUUCAAUAAUUGAGGUUCAAGAUCAAUUUCAGAAUUCUCCAUUGUUAAAUUAAAAUUCACAAUUUGAUAACCAAAACCAAUUCUAGAAUUAAAUAAAGUCUAAAUAAAUUUCAAUAAUUGAGGUUCAAGAUCAAUUUCAGAAUUCUCCAUUGUUAAAUUAAAAUUCACAAUUUGAUAACCAAAACCAAUUCUAGAAUUAAAUAAAGUCUAAAUAAAUUUCAAUAAUUGAGGUUCAAGAUCAAUUUCAGAAUUCUCCAUUGUUAAAUUAAAAUUCACAAUUUGAUAACCAAAACCAAUUCUAGAAUUAAAUAAAGUCUAAAUAAAUUUCAAUAAUUGAGGUUCAAGAUCAAUUUCAGAAUUCUCCAUUGUUAAAUUAAAAUUCACAAUUUGAUAACCAAAACCAAUUCUAGAAUUAAAUAAAGUCUAAAUAAAUUUCAAUAAUUGAGGUUCAAGAUCAAUUUCAGAAUUCUCCAUUGUUAAAUUAAAAUUCACAAUUUGAUAACCAAAACCAAUUCUAGAAUUAAAUAAAGUCUAAAUAAAUUUCAAUAAUUGAGGUUCAAGAUCAAUUUCAGAAUUCUCCAUUGUUAAAUUAAAAUUCACAAUUUGAUAACCAAAACCAAUUCUAGAAUUAAAUAAAGUCUAAAUAAAUUUCAAUAAUUGAGGUUCAAGAUCAAUUUCAGAAUUCUCCAUUGUUAAAUUAAAAUUCACAAUUUGAUAACCAAAACCAAUUCUAGAAUUAAAUAAAGUCUAAAUAAAUUUCAAUAAUUGAGGUUCAAGAUCAAUUUCAGAAUUCUCCAUUGUUAAAUUAAAAUUCACAAUUUGAUAACCAAAACCAAUUCUAGAAUUAAAUAAAGUCUAAAUAAAUUUCAAUAAUUGAGGUUCAGGAUCAAUUUCAGAAUUCUACAUCAUUAAACUAAAAUUCACAAUUCAAUAAUCAAAAUUAAUUCUAGAAUUAAAAUUAACAAUUUAGUAAUCAAAACCAAUUGCCUAAUUAAAUGUAGUUAAACUAAAAUUCACAAAUUAAAAACCAAAACUAAUUCCAAAAUUAAAUACACUUAAACUAAAAUUAACAAUUUAAUAAUCAAAACCAAUUCUAGAAUUAAAUAUAGUUAAACUAAAAUUAACAAUUUAUUAACCAAAACCAAUUCUCUAAUUAAAUACAGUUAAACUAAGAUUAACAAUUUAAUAAUUAAAACCAAUUCUCGAAUUAAAUGCUGUUAAACUAAAAUUAACAAUUUAAUAAUUAGGAUCAAUAAAAAGAAUAUGAAGAUUAAGAUUAUGAAUCAAAACUAUAGUAAAUUAUAAUAAAAUUUUAAAAAUUAAUUGAUCAAUUUAAUAACAAUAAAAAAUAAAAUAUGUUUGUUGUUUUAUUAGUAGGAGUAACAGGAUCUGGAAAAAGCACUAUUUUCAACUUCCUAAGUGGAGCAGAUUUUAAAUUUGAUCAGGAUAAAAAAUUAAUAAUAAAUAAUCCCUCAAAUAGUUAUUCUAAGAUGGGUGGUGGAAUGAAUUCAAUCACUAAGAACCAAAUUUUUAUCAUAAUAAAAAUAAUAAUCAUUUAAUUAUUGAUUUUCCUGGAUUCUAAGACACAAAUGGGGUAUAGGAUCAAUUAUUAUUUGCUCUUUUAUUUCAUAAGAUUGUUACCUCAGGUCCAAUUAAAAUUGUUUAUGUAAUAAAAAAUGUUGAAAGUGAUAUUCCGAAUAGAGGAUCUGAUCUUUAAGACUUUAUUGAUCAACUAAGCUUAAAAGGAAAUAUAAAAGUUCAAAAGUUUAAUUUAUUUUUAAAUUGUUAUAUGGAUGACUUAUCUGAUAUCUAAUUGUAAGCUAAAAUAACAAAAGAUUUAAAAUCUGUUGAUAAAUUAUAAUCAAUUGAUAAAAUACUUGUAUUAAGAAAAGCUUGUAAUGACAAUUAAUUAAAUCAAAUUUUCAGUAAUUAAUAACGAUAAAUUGUUUGGUAACAGAUUGAAGAGAUGUCAUCUUCUAUAAUUCAACCAUCAAAACUACCGAACAGUGAAAUGAUAAGUAAUUAUUUAAGAAGAAGAAUAUUAAAAACAAUUGAAAAAUAUGGAUUAGUAUUGUCUGAAUUUUUUGAUCAGUAAUAUAAAAGAUUAUCUAAUUAAUAGAGUGAGGCAACAAUACCGUUAUUGGAAAAAUUAAUAAAUUUAGUAAAAAAAAUAGAUUAGGAAAAUUCUUUUGAAUGGUAUGCAUAGUAUAUUUAAACUUGCGAAUAAUUGGCAACAAGACUUUAAAUCAAGGAUGAUAUAGUAAUACAAAGCAAUAAUUUCAUGUAGAUAUUUUAAUAUUAUUCCUAAUUUUCUAAUCUUAUAUAGGGAUAUGAUGAUUUAAAAAUAAUAAAGUUAAUUGCUUAAGAUUAAUUAAAGAAUAUGAUUAGUUUAAUAGGUUAAAGAGUUGAAAUAUUAAAAUAAACAUAAAAGUUCAAUGCCGAAAUUAGUAAAUAUGAAAAAGAUAUAUAACAAUAAGUUAGAGAAAUAGGGAAUUAUGAGUAAUAAAUUAAUUUAAUGAAAGUUUAAAAGAAUUAGGAUAUCUAAUUAAUAAACAAUCUUAAUAAUAAGCUAUAGGAAGCUUAACAAAAUAAAAAGUCUUUAGAUGAAUUAAAAUAACAAUAAAUAUAAUAACUACAGUUAUAGUAGGAGUAAUUUGAGAAGGGUUAAAGGAAAUUACAGUUAGAACAUUAAUAAUAAAUAAAAGAAUUAAAUUAAUAAAAUCAAUAAGCAAUUAAUCAAAUUUAUCUAAAACAAUAAGAAUAAAUGAAUGAAGUGAAUUAAAAAAACUAACAAAAAAUCGAUCAAAUUUAUAAAUAAUAGUCAGAGUUAAUCAAUUAGACAAAUCAAAAUUAUUAAAAAUAAUUAAAGGAAAUGAAUUUAUAAAAUGAAAAAAAAAAUAAGGAGCAAAAAGCAAAAAUCCAAAAACUGUAAGAAUAAAAUAAAAUUUCAGUUCUUGAAAUUAGAUAAGAAAAUGAAAAAAUAAUUAAGAAUCUUGAAGCAGAAAUGAAAUAAUAAAAACAAUAACAAUUAGAUUUAACCAAUUAAAUGAAUUAAAAAAUGUAAGAAGAAAUCAAAAAUAUAAAAAAAGAAAAUGAAUACUCAAUUGAUAAAUUAUUAAAAUCACAUGAAAAGCAUAUCAAAGAAAUAGAAGAAAAAAAUAAAAACUUAAAACCAAUAGAAAUUCACCAUUAUAAUGAAAGAGUCGUAGAAAAAUCCAGUGGGUGUACUCUAAUUUGA